GAAAUUUGAAUCAAACCACAAAGUACACAAACUCUUUCUUCUGGUGAAAAUGAAGUUUACAGACUUCAAAUUCAAAAUACCAAGAAAAAAACAAAAGCAGUUUAGUCCCAAACCAAACUCCCCAUCAAAUCACUGAAAAAUCCCAAACCCAAAAUUCAGAAAGCUCCCACUCUACACCAGCUCACUCACCUUUCAAAUCUUCUCUCUCAUCCCAAAUGCUUCAAUUUAAACCUUCAAAAUUUUCUAUUCAUCCCCCAAUUUGAUUUCCAAAAACCCAAUUUUAGCUCCAAAAUGCUUCAUCUUCAUCUUCAACCUUCAAAUCUCUGGUUCAAGUGAAUCACAGCAACCCACAUAAAUUCCACUCUGAGCAUUCGAAAAUCACAAACCCAAAAUCCAAAUACAACCCGAUUCCCAGAAAAUCAAACCCAAUUCAAAAGAAUUUUCUAGUAGGCCAUGGACACUUCACCACUCCUCGGCUAUUCAAUGGCCGAUGACCUCCUCCGAAGCCGGCGGCUCGUGCGCCACGCCCCGCCACCAUUGCGCGGCGCUGCGCGACUCCUUCGACGCGCCAGCGGGCGCCGAAUGAGGCUUCGUGAGCCCUCGUUUCGGGUCCGAGAGAACGCGGCGGAGGAGCUGGAAGAGCGCCAGAGCUACUGGGCGUACUCGAAGCCCGUCAUAGUUCUGGACCUGCUGUGGAACUUGGCUUUUGUGUGUGUUGGGUUCACUGUGAUGGGGUUGAGCAUGGAGGAGAAGCCUGUGGUGCCUUUGAGGAUUUGGGUUGUUGGGUAUAUUUUGCAGUGUGUUGUCCAUGUUGGGUGUGUGGUUGUGGAGUAUAGGAGGAGACGUGAGGUGGGUUUUGGUGAGGUAGGUUGGGGAAGUGGUGGGAGUGGCAGUUUGGGGUCUGGAAGUGAUGUUGAAGAUUAUGGGAGUGAGCAGGGUAUGGCUGAUGAUGAGACAAGUGUCACAAAGCAUCUGGAGUCAGCCAAUACCAUGUUUUCAUUUAUUUGGUGGGUCAUUGGAUUCUACUGGGUGACUGAUGGUGGCCAGACUUUGCUAUGUGAUUCACCUCAUCUAUACUGGCUUUGUGUUACAUUUCUAGCUUUUGAUAUGCUCUUCGUCGUUAUAUGUGUUGCUGUUGCAUGUCUUGUUGGAAUUGCAGUCUGCUGCUGUCUGCCAUGCAUAAUUGCAAUCUUAUAUGCUGUAACAGAUCAGGAGGGGGCAACAGAUGAAGAAAUUGAUAGAUUACCAAAGUUCAAAUUUCGCAGGACAGGUAAUUUUGAGAAACUUAAUGGUGAGGCCCAAGCUUCUGAAGGAUUAAUGACCGAAUGUAACACUCAUGCACCAACUGAGCAUGUUAUUUCCCAGGAUGAUGCUGAAUGUUGCAUCUGUCUUUCUGUCUACGACAAUGGAGCAGAAUUACGCGGACUUCCUUGCCAUCAUCAUUUUCACUGCAGCUGCAUAGACAAAUGGUUAUACAUCAAUGCUACCUGCCCUCUGUGCAAGUUCAACAUUUUAAAGCCUAGUAACCAAAUUGGUACCGGCGUAGUGUAGACGGGAUCAAAUUUCUCUCUGAUCGUGGCAUGCUGUUCAUCAGCAAAUGAAUAUCUUCAGUGGUGCUGCAAGUGUAUCUCUAUUUUAAUAUUUUUCUUUUUAUUCAGUGUUAAUAUAUCCGUUAACUUAUACAUAUGUAUAUGUAUAUGCUAAUGUCAACCAACUUCUUGUAAUGCUGAAAAAACAAAAGUAUAGUAGCUGGUUACAAUGGUCAUCAUGUGAAGGAUUGAGAUUC